UUCCGGGUCGGAUUUCAGGAUUCUCUGAGCAUCAUAACAGAGUCAUUUCACUAUUCUACCUCUGAAGUUGGCUCAUGUUCAAGAAGCGGACGAGACCUGCAGGGGUCAGAGGGAAGGAUACAGCAGAGAACGAGGAUGAAGGCCAAAAAAUGGAAGACUCCUCAACUGCCGGCGAGGAUGGGGAAGAUGGGUUGAGUGUCGAUGAGCUCAUCAUGCUGCGGAAGCUUCGGAAAUCAAAGCAGGGAAUCGAUCUCGAAAAGCUGAACAGAGGAGAACACAGGCAUAGGAAGAAGAAUGAGGAUGCUGGGCUGCAGAGAUACGGCUUACAGACGAGGGACGAGGAUGUGGACGAGGAACUGGAGGAUGAGAAGGAGAGGGCAAAGAGAUUGGUCAGGAGCAACAAUUUCACUCAACAGACGAAUGCUUUGGACGUGGAUAAGCACAUGAUGGCGUACAUCGAGGAAGGUAUCGCCAAACGGAAGGGAAACACUGCAAAGGAGGGAGAAGAGAUACCGAAACCUUACGAUCCUCAGGCAGAGCUGUAUAGGAUUCCGGAACGUUUCAAAUCACUCCCUUCGAUCAAGACAGAGGACGAAGAGGGCAACUUGACUAAUUCAUUGGGAAUGCUCAGCGCCAUCCCGGAAGUCGAUUUGGGCAUGGACAACCGUCUGAGAAAUAUUGAGGAGACAGAGAAAGCAAAGCGAGAGAUGAUGGAGCAACGAAAGACGGCCGCACGCCACAAGCCUGAGGAGGACGACUUUUCUGCUGCUCGAUUCUUCCGAUCCAAACUCAGGACGGCUUCCGAUAUCUAUGCCGCGGAGGACGCAAAGCGUGAUGCUGCAGCUGCUCAGAAUGCCCAGAAUCAAGCCAGGAACUACAGAGAACCAAGACAUGAGUCUGCGACGGAUGAGCAGGUAUAUGAGAGGUUCAAGAAGAGGUGAGUCCAGCUAAACUUUGUUCAAGCGGUUCUGGCCCUCGCCUAGAGCUGAAUCAAACCUGUGCAGGAUGAAGAAGUAGAUUGUGCAGAAAGAAGAGACGCUUGCACCUAGACGUCAUUGACAUUAUGUUGUACCAAGAUAGCCUAAUCUUCUAUGCAAAUGCAGCAUCUUCACCAAUCAUCUCUCAUCCUCCGAGCUCAUUAAUCCACUUUGACCUGUCAUAACCGGCCGUAUAUUUUCUCCCAACUCAAAAUGAC